UGACUUUCGAUUUCUGCUCUACCCAAGUACACGACAGUAAUCAUUUGAAUAACUGGGACGAGUUCUCAAAAGAUAAAACUUGAUGAAUCGUCGACACAGAUCUCAAGAUGCACCCAUUUGGUGCAAGUACGCAACUACCAUUGUCUUACUAGUCUGAUUUUUUCUUGCCCUGGAUGGCCCUCUGACUCCUCUUCAUCUUGGACUUGUGGCUGUGUCUUGAGUCACCUUCCAAUACAAAUUGUUCAGCUUUGGCUCAAUAGCCAUUUCCACUUCUGGCUACUAUGGCAAGAGGAAUCAAGCAGCUUUGGCCUGAAGCCGUCUGUCGGCGAUUAUGAACUUUCCACUUAUAGACCUGGUCUGUCCACUGGCAUACCAUGACUUGCCAUGUAUGGAUGACAGUCAGAUAUGCCCCAGCCACAAUCUGCGGUCGUAUAAAAGGAUCCUCGACGUCUGCUGCUUUAAUUUCCUUUCCUCAAAACACUCAAUACCCUUUGCAACCGUCAUUAAUAAUAAUCAAAUAAUCACAAUGGACCCAUUCAACCCCAACAACGUACCUGCUCACAAAUACCACAAGAACCAACCGGACACUCAGAGAGUUGUCCCUCAGUCAUCUACAUCGGUGAUCACUUACGAUCACACUUUCUAUUACCACCUAGCUACAGAGGAGAGGAAUCGACGAACCGAGAACCUUGCAAGACGAGGAUUCCCCUGUCCUUCUCAAUCCGAUGAGCUCACGCGCCGUCUGAGCGAUAUUCAAAUCGAUCAGGAUCCAGAGGCUCCUGAUAACCGUCAGGCGCACUCCUAUCAGAUCAGGCCAGUAGCUCCUGAUAACCGCCAGGCGCAACUCUAUCAGAACAGGCCAGUGGCUCCUGAUAACCGCCAGGCGCAACCCUAUCAGAACAGGCCAGUGGUUCCUGACAACCGCCAGGCGCAACCCUAUCAGAACAGGCCAGAAGGCAUCCGUGGAGAAAAUGGGAAAGUCGCCAACGUGCGACAACCUCCGCAGUCUUCCUAUCCCUACCCCCGUGUUGGUUCAAACCAAACUUCACCAACGGCUAAACGUACCGUUACUCUUGCCACACAUGCGCCCGGUGCGCCUCGAUACCAUCCUCAGCCGCCACCACACCCGACACAGAUGCCGGUUCAUCAUUCUUCUGAACAACGUCCGUAUACUCCUUCCCGAGAACCACGAACCACCGCUCCUUCAAACCCAUAUCCCCCUGUCACCAAGCAUACGAGUACCCGUACCCUCGAUGCUCCUCCACCAGCACCACGAACCACCGUUCCUUCAUACCCAUAUCCACCGAUCACCCAGACUACCAGUAGUACCCGUACUCACGAUGUUCCUCCACGAGCACCACAAACUACUGCCUCUUCGAACCCACAUCCACACGUCGCCCAAAGUGCCAGUAGUACCCGUCCUCACGAUGCUCCUCCACGAGCACCACAAACUACUACCCCUUCGAAGCCAUACCCACCCAUCGCUCAAAGUACCAGUAGCCGUAACCUCGAUGCUCCUCCACGAGCACCACAAACCACUGCCCCAUACCCACCCGUCGCCCAAAGUACCAGUAGUCGUAACCUCGAUGCUCCUCCACGAGCACCACAAACCACUGCCCCAUACCCACCCGUCGCCCAAAGUACCAGUAGUCGUAACCUCGAUGCUCCUCCACGAGCACCACAAGCUACUGCCUCUUCGAACUCAUACCCACCCGCUACCCAAAGUACCAGUAAUGCCGUGGCCUCCUCAUCUUCCUCAACCUCCGCAACUCUACCUCGUAGAAAAACGCGCGACCCAGGCAGUAGUCACAUCCCUCCCCCAAAACUAUACGCCUCCGUGGACAACACCAUGUUCGGCCAUCAUUUCCCCAUCACCUAUAUCAUCAACGAACCCGGCCACUCGGAUUCAUCUUCAUUUUGUAGAAAGGGAAAAGACUAUUGUUGUGUUUCUGCCCCAGCGACGAGGCACCUUCUCACGGGAUCUGGUAAACAUAUAUUAGGCAAAGCCCUCAACGCAAAUUCAGCACUUACCGAAGUAUUCACCACCACCGUCCCAACUGGAUCCACUAUCCUCCCUUUUGACGCCGGUCGCAACAAUACACAAAGGAAAGGAGUCGGACCUCUCGGCAUCUCAAUCUUACACAUCCUCAAACUCAAACCCAACUUGACACCAAUGACGAUGGGUCCCCAUCCGUUCGACCGAAAGAUAGUGAGGACUACGGAUAUACAGGUUAUACUUGAGAUCCCAGGAUGCCCCGAAACCGAAGAAGUCAUGAUCCCACUCGCGUGCGACCACGGAGUUUUGUCAUUAGACGGGUUAUUGUACAACAUCGCAUACUACCUCCAAGCCUUCCUAGUGGUUCGUCGAAAACCCUACCCUCCCCUCUUCCGUUCCACCUAAUUAAUAAUGACCCUUUUUUCCCUUCUUUUUUUAGCGUCCAGGCUAUCGCCGCAUCCACAACUUCCUAAGUAUCAAAAGCCCUUCUCACUUUUGGAUCAAAUCCCUCUUCCAAGCUCCCGGAGUCCCCUAUUAUGGGCCUUGGAAGGUUGAAAUUGGGGUAACGUUUGAUCGGAGUAGUAAGUCCAAGUGGGCGGCUUCAGAGGAUUUUGAUGAGGAUUAAGAUCCAAAUUCGAGGGUAGUAUCGGUCGGACUCGAGUAGAGGUUUGUAUGGAACUCGGUUACUUUUCUUUCUUUUCUGAUGGCGCUGGAUCGUCGGGUCUCCUCUUCGAGCUCUCUCUCUUUCUCUCUUGGCUGCAAUCUCGGUAUCCCGAUAGCACUCUAUUCAUUCCUUUCUUUUCCUUUUUUCAUCUUCCGGUUUUAUUCCUUCACCGCUUGACGCGGAUCAUCUACACAUUCCCUUUAAUAUUUCCUCUCUCCUUUCUCUUAUCUACUCUCCAGCUGUGCUGGGCGAGGCUCCACGCUCCCUAGUACCAUUUCUUCCUCAUAAUAAUCAUAAUCUACUCCGUCUUUACUUCUUUCUUCCAUCGUUGCAUUUCUUUCUUUUCCUUCAAGUCCCUCAUAAUAAUCAUAAUAUCGAUCUACCACCAUCCAGCCUCCUAAUCCUUUGUAUUUAUAUCACCGAGCCAUCUCUGUAUCUUUGUUCUAUCUUGCUUUUUAUUACCCGCCUGUACUUACUACUUAGUCAUAAACUCCCAAUCCUCACUCGAUGCUCCCGUCCCAAAUACAUCACAG